AGUUAAACAAUUAAUCCAAACAGCCACAUAAUUGCAAACCCCAAUGGCUAAUUGUGUUUAAUUUGCAACUGCAAAUUUGCAAUCUCAUUAAAUAAAUAAAUAAAUAAACGUUUGCAAUUGCAUUAUGCACAACAAAACAUAGCCCACCAACAAAUAUAAAUGGGCCGGGAUUUAGAGAAAAAAACAGGGCCGAACAAGAUGACGUCGUUUGUAUCGACGUUAACUAGGCCCAAAUCAGCCCAAGCAAUAUCCCUCACUAAAACCCCUUUAACCGCCGUCCACCAUGCCGCAAUGACCACCCACAAGCGCUGGCCCCUCGGGGCACUCCGCCGUGCCGUUUCGCGGUCUUUCUCCUCCUCUUCUUCCACUGCCUCCACCACGACUGAUGCUGCCUCAGCAACCUUUCCUCUCAAGAAUGUCACUAGAUCCAACUUUGAUUCCGUGCUAUCGGAGCUGCGCUCCCAUGUUCGAGCUGCCGACUUCGUGGCGAUCGACCUGGAGAUGACGGGCAUCACCAGCGCACCUUGGCGCGAGUCCUUCGAGUUCGACCGCUUCGAUAUCCGUUACCUCAAGGUCAGAGACUCCGCCGAGAAGUUCGCCGUCCUUCAGUUCGGAGUCUGCCCCUUCCGCUGGGACCCACUCAAGCAGUCCUUCAUUGCACACCCGCACAAUUUCUUUGUAUUUCCUCGUCAAGAGAUACCCCUUGAUGGACAAUCUUAUGAGUUCCUCUGCCAGACAUCAUCCAUGGAUUUCUUGGCUAAAUACCAGUUUGAUUUCAAUGCAUGCAUAAAUGAAGGAAUAUCUUUUUUAUCCAGAAGACAAGAAGACGAGGCACUAAGCCGAUUGAAACUUGGAUUGAUGGAUUCAUGGCAGGGCUCAAGUGAAUGUACAGACUUUCCAUUGGUCCGAGUGGCAGAUGUUCUCUUCACUGAGAGGAUGAAGAAAAAGUUGAGUGAAUGGCGUGAUGGAUUGUUGCAGAAUAGAGAUGGAGGUUUGCAAUAUCAAAGCCAUUCCAAUGAAUUAAAACAGCAACUUCAAACAGUUUUCUUCGAGAUGCGUCCAGCUCUUUCUCUGACUGGUUUUACUUCUCAUCAGCUUAAAUUAAUUAAAAUGUUGACAAAGAAACAUUUCAAAGACCUUGCUUAUGUUCAUAGGAGUAAUGAAAUUUCCUCACAAGAACUAGUAGUUUAUACUGACUCAGAGAGUGACAAGGACUUACUUAUGAAAAUGAUGAAGGAUGAUCAUCGCAAGCAGGCACAAAGGAAGAUCAAAGAUGCAGUUGGGUUCCGCCAUGUGGUUGAUCUUCUUUCAUCUGAAAGCAAGUUGAUUGUUGGUCACAAUUGCUUUUUAGAUAUUGCACACAUAUCCAGAAAAUUUUUAGGUCCUCUUCCUCCGACUGCUGAAGAAUUUGUCUCCUCUAUUAACAAGUACUUACCACACAUCAUUGACACCAAAAUACUAUUAAAUGCUGAUAACAUAUUACAACAACAAAUGAAAAGAGCAAGGACAACAUUAUCCUCAGCAUUUUCCAUAUUAUGUCCAGAAAUCGCUCAUGGCUCUAAAAGUUCCAUCUUACCUCAUCAACCGUGUGUUAAGGUUGAGGUCCAGGUGGAUGACUUGAGGUCCUCCAACUGGAACUCUGGAGCAAAGCAUGAAGCUGGGUAUGAUGCUUUUAUGACAGGAUGCAUAUUUGCCCAGGCAUGCAGUCAUCUGGGUGUUGAGUUCUCACCUUCCAGAAAUUUAGCCCAGAAUGAAAAGCUGCAAAAGCACAUCAACCUUCUGUAUCUGACUUGGACUAAUGGAGUCAUUAUUGAUCUAAGAACAGGUAAUAGGAUUGCAGAGUCUUUGGGUGCCAACCUAAAGAAGUUCCCACCUAUUUUAUUUGAGAAUAUCAUUUUAAUCUGGGGAUUCCCAUCUAAACUGAAAGCUAGAGAGAUAAGAGAAUGCAUCUCCAAAGUCUUUGGUCCUCGUUCUGUCACUGCCAUCUAUCACAUAGAUCAAACUGCAGUGUUUGUUCAGUUCAGCAAGACUGAAUUGGUCUCUGACUUCCUGACUUUGAAGGAAGUCUUGGAGAAAAACAAUGAUCUUAUAACAGAGUUGCAUCCUCUUUCAAAACUGUUGGAAGGUGGAAAUACUGGCGCUGCUAGCUAUGAAGCUUAUAAAGAGAUAUGCAGUUCACCCAUCGCAAAGAUCUUGUUUGCAGAUCAGGCAGAGGCAGUUGGUAUUAAAUGGAAAACCAAAUUGUUAGUGCCACAGGUUGAGGUAGAGACUCAAGAGCAUGCAAGUUCAAGUCCAGAAAGCACGGCUAAAACUGAAUCGGAUGUUGCUGGCGAAUCAGAGACAGCCAAGGAAGUUGGGGACAGUGAAGAGAAUAAUCCACCAUGUGGAAGAUUCAUGAAUGGUGAAAAGAAUAAUCCACCAUAUAGAAGAUUCAUGAGUGAUAAGAUCAUUGAUUCACUUUUUGCCGAUGAAGUUAAACAUAUUAGAACUGUCAAAUACUAAUCUGAAAUAAUUUCCUAAGAGCAAUCUGUAUUAUACUGAUAUUUUUCUUAUACCAAUCUUAGGAUAGAAGAUAUUUGAAUGUAGAUCUGUUAUUCGAUGGCAUUUUCAUUCUUGAGCCAUCUUUUGUACAUGAUGAAAUUCUUCGUUCGGCAUAAUAUUAA